GAGAAGCAAUGGAGAAAAUAACAGAGAAACUCUUACUGGAGAAAGGUUCACCAAAAACCACCAAACUGGAACAAAUAAAGACUCUCAGUCUGUCCAAGAUGGGGCUGAAGCAUAAGGAUCUACCCGUUAGGCUCCUUUCCCGUCUGCAGGCCCUGGAGAGGUUGGAUCUGUCUGGAAACACUCUGCAAGAGUUUCCAAAGACCCUGGAGCUGCCUGCGCUCCGGUGCCUGGACCUCAGCGACAACCAGAUGGAAGAUGUCACCACUUUGGAGCCCUUGAGCGGGCUAGAAGAGCUCAAGAUGGAGGAUAACCUCUAUAUUACAGUGAGCGACAACUACAAGCUGAUGGUGUUGCUGCCCAGUCUGAGGAUGUACAACGGCAAAGAUGUUAGCACAACCGCCAACCACCUGCGUUAUGUCUACACUGAAAACCUGAGGACCAGGGUAAUUGCUGUGUGGGAGAGAAGCUUUAGCCUCCCUGAUCCCAUCACCACUGAGAAAAUGUCUGCCUUGGAAAAGAGCUUUGUGAGCACUGCCUGUCAGCAGGUUAAGUUUGGACCCAGUUCAGUCAGUGAUUUCACCAGAUGGAAGGUGGAGAUUAUAGCUAAAGAUUAUCUACGCUCACUAACAGAACCAAAGGAAGACACUGACGGAAAGGAGUUGGAAACUAAAGACAACUGUGAGGUGUUGACACCUUCCAAGAGGAAACAAACUGAACCAGUAACAGACAACGUGAGCCUGACCCCUCGCAAAAGGCUGUGCCCGGAUCCAGCCUCUCCAGCCAAACGCAGCCCCCGCAUAUCCAGCCUCAAACUCCAGAAAAUAGCACAGACCAACCUGAGCCCACAGAAGAAAAACAAAGCCCCCUGCACUCCCACCAGAGGCAAGAAGAGUGUGGAUUCGCCCGGAACCCCCAAAGCAACACCAACCAAAGAGGACGGAGCUCAAAAUGAAGCGGUGGAGGACGUCAGAGCCUCACGGCCGCAGAGGGGGGUUUACACACUGCCCAUAAUCAGGACCUGCAGCAAGGCACAGCAGCCGGUCGGUCUGAAGCCCCUCCAUGUGCUCCAGUGCCACAGUAAGCAGGACAGGUCGGACGACUUCUCCACGCAGCUGUGGGCCUGUGCCUUCCAGCCACUGCCUCAUGCAUCCGGAAGUGGGGAGGGGACCCGCUUGGUUGCCACCUGUGGAGGAGACUCUCUGUGCGUGAUCGACUGCGAAACAGGGAUGGUGAUGAAGAAAUACAAAGUUCCUGGAGAGGAGUUCUUCUCGCUGGCCUGGUCCACAGUCUUGAUGUCCAGAGGGGACAAAGCCGCUGCCCAGUUCUGCAGCGUCCUCGCUGCCGGCGGAAAGAGAGGCCUGGUAAAACUGAUCCAUCCCAGGAACAACCUGGCUUAUGGGGAGUUCCGAGCCAGCCGGAAGGCCGUGUCCGUCCUCCGCUUCAACCACCAGCAAGAAAACUUCCUCUUUACGGGAUCGUACGACAACAGGAUAGUGAUGUGGGAUAUCGGUGGAGUGGACAGCCACUACAACUUCAAAGUCGUCCAGCUGCUGGUGUUGGAGAUCAGCACCACUCCUCUGCACAUCUGCCUCCCCCCCUCAUCUCCCAGCACACACCUCCUGACUGCCUGUGAGGAUGGCUUGUACUCCUUCAACACACAGCUAGGCGCAAACCGAGCCACAAAGAGGUCAAAAGAAAUGGAGAUAAAUUUCCCAAUUUAUAAGAAGGAGGACAAAGAGCAUGACUUCCACACCAUCGACGGCUUGAGUUUUCUUACGGACGACAUAGUGGCAUCUAAGAGCCACAUGCAUGGCUGCAUCUACCUGUGGAGCUGGAGCAGAACCAAAGCUCUGAGGCCGGACAAGAAGAGCGGGGGUGUGUGUGCCGUGGUCCUGGCCGAGCUCCAGUGGGCCAACACAGAGAUUCCAUACCUGGCCCUCAACACCUGUCCAAGCCGAGGCUAUGUGGUGUGUGGCGACGACAAAGGCAGGUUGUGGACCUACCAUGUCACCAACCUCCAAAUAAACAGCUUUCGGACUGGGAAGCCCAUCCAAGCAACUGAGGUGUUGGAGUGGCCGUCUCCUAUGAAGAGUGGCCUCGGUCACAUGGAGGGGCCCUCCAUCAACAGCGUAGCAAUGGAUCCCGAGCUGCAGUACCUGGUUGCCCUGAGCGACAAGAAUAUGGUGAUAAUAUGGAAGAGAGAGGAGUCGUCCUGAGCCCAUUAAAGAAUUUAUGGUUCUUUUAGACAUAAAAAUACUUUUUAAUCCGACCAGGAUGGAGUUUGUAGAAACACAUUUGUGCUUUUAUUCAUGUAAAAGGUCAAAUUGGAAGUACUGUAAAAUCUGACAAUGAAUGAAGUACUGAUGGAAUUCACAUUUCUGAAUCCACACGUUGGAGCAAACGUCAACAUUUUACUCAGAGACUUUAUUAUGUUCAAGAUCUAAACCUUUUCUGUUUGUUUUUUAGAUUUAUAUUUGUAACCUGUCUGUAAGGCUUUGCACACUAAAGGAAAACAUUAGUAAGAAUAACUUCUAAAAUUUUAAAAUGAUUUUGAAUCUUUUACACUGAGUUGUAAUUUUUGUGGGUUGGCAUGAAACUCAGAUUUCAUUAGUGAAGAGUUGGAUGAAUAAUCUCAUGUAGUAAAGUGUGAGUAAAGAUGAUGUUACCAUGUGGCAAAACUAUUGUUUGAAAUUGACCAUUUGUCACAAUAUUUCAUGGUAUCGUAUGUGUGGUAAAAUGCAGAUUUAGAAACAAUUCAAACCUCUUUUGUUGGGUCUUUAACUUUUUAAUGUACUCUAUUCUCCGGAUAAAUGUAACUACACAGCUAGCACACUUUUGAAACUCUGUCCAUCCACUGUCAGCAAAACAGUUUGAAGAACUCGUUUAAACUGGAUGACAUUUGCCUUUUAGUUUGAAACUAAAAAAUGAACAAGUUGGACUUAUUCCUCACAUUUUAAAAACUACUCUAAAAGCUCUGAAGACACUUUACCUCAGCACAUUAGUAGAAUGUACAUUCAGUUCCGUUAAAUAUGUUCUAGUCCUGAUUCAAAAUGUCCUGACACUAGUAAAACACAAAGUCGGCAAACUUCUUUGGAAUGAGCAAGGAGCCAGACUCGAGAUGGAGCUGUGUAAUUAAAGCAUUCUGAACAGAAAACAUGUCAUUUUAGUCCUUCAGUGGUGGAAUUCUGAACUGUACACAAUCCUGUUUGUGCAAAGGCUCCUUAAAGCUGUAUAUGAACUACGAUGGAAACCAAAUGGCCCUUUUUUUUCCUUUUGUGCCAGCCAUGUCUGUUAAUUUUAUGAAUGAA